GCAGUGCAUAAGUGAGGUAAAAGUGUAGAGGCGAUCGAGUGGUGACUCUGGUGAGGGCGUAGGCAGCAGGCAGAUAGAUCCAAACUGAAGACCAUGGCAUCCGCCGAUUACGACCGAAUGAAGGAAGUGAAGGAGUUCGCUGAGUCCAAGAUAGGCGUCAAAGGUCUCUCCGACUCAGGCAUCACUUCCAUCCCUCGUAUCUUCAUACACCCACCCCAAACUCUCUCCCAACUCAAAUCUACAUCUUCCUCUUCCUUCUCCUCCAUCCACAUCCCGGUAAUAGAUCUUUCCAACUUGGACUCUCCCCAUCACCGUCCCAAGAUCGUGGACCAAAUUCGAGAGGCCACUAAGACAUGGGGUUUCUUUCAAGUGAUCAACCACGGCGUAGCCCUGUCCGUACUGGAGGAGACGGUCAACGCUGUCAAGUCUUUCCACGACCAGCCACAUCAAGUGAAGGCGAAGCACUCCGUGGGUGAGGAGAGACGCGGGGUGGUGUACGCCAGCAACAACGAUUUGUACCGAUCGGAGGCGGCGACUUGGCAUGACUAUCUUCAGGUGUGGAUGGCACCACAGCCGCCGGAGGUUGAGCGGAUGCCGGAGAUAUGCAGGAGGGAGGUGAUUGCAUGGGACACGCAUGCAAAAAAGGUUGCUGAGACUCUGAUGGAAUUGCUAUCCGAAGGAUUAGGGUUAGAACCCGGCAAGUUUAAGGAGUUGACAUUUUCUGAUACUAGGCUUUUUGUGGGGGUAUGCUAUCCCCACUGUCCACAGCCUGAUCUGACGAUGGGGCUUGCAUCUCACACGGAUCCGACGGUUCUGACGGUUUUGUUGCAGAACCAUGUCCCUGGGUUGCAGGUGAAGCAUGGGGAUGAAUGGGUGGAAGUAAAGCCUGUUCCUGGUGGGUUGAUUAUCAACGCUGGCGACUUUCUCCAGAUAGUGUCGAACGGUGAGUACAAUAGUAUACAACAUCGAGUGAUAGCCAACCCCUGUAAAGAGCCACGGAUCUCGAUUGUGAUGUUCUUCAAUUUAGCGAAAUGGAAAGAGUCCGACUCUUAUGGACCUCUACCAGAGUUGCUGUCUCCUGAAAAACCUGCAAUUUAUCGCAACUUUACAAAGCAAGAAUACGACGACAACUUCUACAGUAAGGGACUAGACAGCAAGUCCUUCAUUGAUAAGAUUAGAAUAUGAAAUUCCUACAAAUAAUUAUGUGAUGAUGGAUCAGGUCGUGAUAAUACUAUCUUCAUAUGUACUAUCUUAUGUGUGUAGCAAGUAUUUAGGCUUCCUGCUCAUUCUGUCUGUACUUGCUUAUUGGAAAAAUAAUUAUGGGCUUCACUCUACCAUUUAUCUCUA